CAACUGCAAGUCUCCUCGAGAAAUAACCAGGGCUGUCUUGGCACGAUCGUGGAUUUACCCUACACCUAACAUCAUGUUAUCCCGGUGCUGCUGGUGGCUGGAUACAAUUGCCGAAAAUGUUGAUAUCUGAGUGGGGUUACACCAUGGACGCAGCGGAGGUAAUUGUAUCUUUCCUGGUAGUAGUGGUCAUCAUUGUGUCGUUGCUGUCCAACGUGGUGGUGCUGAUUUGUUUUUUGUACAGCGCGGAGAUUCGGAAGCAAGUUCCCGGUUUGUUUAUCCUAAACCUGACCUUUUGCAACUUGAUAAUGACUGCGUUGAACAUGCCGUUGACUUUGGUCGGAAUUAUCAACAAGGAGCAUCCAGGAGGGGGAGGAUUCUGCCAAAUUGUGGGGUUUUUAGAGACCUUUCUCACCACUAAUUCCAUGCUGAGCAUGGCAGCUCUGAGCAUCGACAGGUGGAUAGCGGUUGUUUUCCCUUUGAGUUACCAUUCAAAAAUGCGCCACAAAGAUGCUUUCAUAAUGCUCGGUUACACGUGGGUGCAUUCGGUGUCCUUCUCCGCCGUAUCGGUUUGCCUUUCGUGGGUGGGAUACCAUCAACUUUACGCCUCCUGUACUCUGUGCAACGGGAGAGCGCACCACAACAGGACCCAGUUUGUGGUUUUUACAGUGGUUUUUCAUGCCCUUACCUUUCUCCUUUCCUUGAUAGUCUUGUGUUUUACUUAUCUGAAAGUGCUCAAAGUGGCGCGCUUUCACUGUAAGAGAAUAGACAUUAUUACUAUGCAGACUUUGGUUCUGCUAGUGGACAUUCACCCAAGUGUUCGACAGCGUUGCCUUGAGGAGCAGAAGAGACGGAGACAACGAGCUACAAAGAAAAUUAGCACCUUUAUCGGCACGUUUGUUCUUUGUUUUGCACCAUAUGUAAUAACAAGGCUUGUGGAGCUGUCUUCAGCAAUGCCUGUCAGCCCUCACUGGGGAGUUGUUUCCAAGUGCUUGGCUUACAGCAAAGCAGCUUCAGAUCCCUUUGUGUACUCUCUUCUCCGGAAUCAGUACAGGAAGACAUGCACUGAUAUUAUUAACAGAAUCCUGAAAAGGAGCUCACUAAAUUCCUCUAGAAUAAGGGGUGAGAACGGAAGAAGCACCACCAUCCAAGCCACGGAAUGAAAACCCCUCAACGAAGGCUUGAAGAAGCUGUCAAGUAUGUAUGGUUCAUGAAUACCAAAAAGAUCCCAGUUCAUAAUUCCCAUUAUGUAAAUAUGGAAA